CAUGCCGGCCGAACGCCUCCUCAGCGUGGUGUGGAUUCUAGGUCUCUGUCAAUGUAGAUAUCCUGAAAACUGCGUCAAUAUGGUUGUCGCCGAGAAUGCAAGCAACAGUUUCACUUGUAAGGAAAGGACGAUUUCGGAAAAGGAAUGUCAGAGGAGAGUUAUUUCCGGAUUUUGUGUCGCACCCUCAGACUCCGCUCUGCGAAAUGUUCAGUUAAAGAUUCUGAAGAGGAAUGAGCGGGAAGUCUCAUGGAACGUUAUAUACGACGGAGCUGAGACGGGCGGAUAUUUGAUAGAGUAUCCUGUUGACCGAGCCUGGUCACUCACUUUAUGCAGGGCUAUCUUUAUAGAUUCGGUCAACAUAUUCACAGCGACAUUCAAAACUACCUUCCACACGGCUAGUAGCCUCACCCCCACAGUAAGGCCAAUGUGGAGAAUGCUAAAUGAUGAUGAUAAUUGGCAUGGGGCCGUUUUUAUCGAUAAUCCUAAAGGCAACCCUCUGAAAAUAUCGUUUGAGGUCCAAACUUCUAAAAGUUUCAGAUACCAUGUAGAGUUAAGAAGAAGUAAUGGCGAAUUGAUUCAAAACUUAACAGUUGACAAGAGUUUUGCAGUUUUCCACGAUGUACAACCGGGAUCAUAUUACGCAAAGAUAAAGAUUCUUCGAAAUGGUACAUGUUGCUGCUCAAACAUCAAACGAUGUAAGCGAUGCAAGGAUUGGACGACAGAUGUCUUUGUCCACCCGUCAUCAGGUAAAACAGAGAGUUCAGAUGGACGGAAGGACCGGUAUAAUCACAUGGGUUUGCUAUACAUGUAUGCUGCCCUUGUUAUUUUAGUUCUGGUCGCAUCUGGGGCCGUCAUACUGCUUGCCUGUAAAAUUGUAGCCAAGAGAUUUAUCGAAGGGAGACGGUUGGAAUUUGUGGGAAAAGAAAACUACAAAGUGAACUGCAAAGACGUAAUGCUGUUUGCAGCACGUGAGAACAAGUGCCACGUAAACGCCGUGAUAAAGUUACAGAAGUAUCUAUCAAGUGUUUGUAAGCGCCGCGUCACCUAUACAUUUAUAGAACAGGGAGACAGGGAACAGCAAGAGACAUUCGCACCGGAAAGAGAGGCUUUGAUUGUAAUCAUUUUAUCAAAAUCACUUGCGUGGUGGUUACAGUGUACUGAACACUGGGAGGAGCAGCGAAGUAAUACAUUGAUUUACGUGAUCAUGGCGGAGGAUUGUGGGAAACAUAUUUCUAACCCAAUCAACGUUACGCUGUUUCAUCUGCACAGAGACAUUGGAAUGUUUCACAACUUCCUGUCGGAACUUUUCCCCCACAACUAUACCAAACAAGACAAAACAAUUAUCGGAAAAUUACAAAGUUUAAAAUUUGCAGUGGCUGAGCUACAGAAAUAUCAAAAUAAUCACUAUGACAGCGAGAUGUAUCGUGAGAAAUCUUUGUUGAAAAAUACGCUUGAUCGUUCAUUUGAAAAUAUCUUGCAGAUGGUGGCAAUAAACAAAAAGAGAAAAUAUUUCGGUAAUUCAGAAAGCACUGCGUUACCAAACCAUUUCGAAUUCACAAGCGGCAAUACGAAUGAUCAUGAAAAAAGGGUGCACUCUCAUUUUACUUGGAAUGGAGAUAAGGGGAAAGGAAGCACGUUACAGUGUAAGGAAGGCGUAGCCCCGUGCCAGACUCAGAGUAUGGUGGGACAGAAAUCCCCCCUUCUGUCUGCCUGGGAACCAAUAUCGGAAGAGAUUGAAGCCAUCAGCCUGGGUGGCAAAAGUGUGUAGUGUCCGAGCCCCAUUGGAGAUCACUGCAGAGAUUGCUUUAGUUUGUUACACGAAUAGCCUCUACAUUACAGUUAGUCCUGAUUAAUUGAUCCCCAUUUAGAAAGUGAUGAAGACUUUUAUAAUUUCUAAUAGGAGGGAAGAUUAUCUUUAGUUUGUAGAAUUUUGGCAUCUUUUAAAAAGGUCCCAACGCAACUAAAUCGGUGUUGUAGAAACUACAGAACUCUACGCAAAGGCCAUGGACGCAGUUUCACGAUUUCCGGAAUACUACAGUGUAGUAGAAAGACGAAAAGUUUCAUAUCUGUUACGAAUAUACAUUUAAUACGUGCGCAUACAUGUACCAGUACAUCCACAACUGUUCUGUUUUCCUGAUCACCUGAAGUCUUACCUAUCGUUGGAAGUGAUGACAUCACCAUGCGUAAGCAUCUCCUGCUGACCGGUUAUACUAGUCAAAUCAGUGUUCAAAGAACGGCCUAACAAUUGUUAUGAAGCAUAUCAGAUAGCAUUUGACCCAAUGAUAGGUUGUGUUUGCAAAUUAGAUCAUUAUAAGGACCAUAGAAGUUGCAAAAUACCGACUUUAAACGAGACUGUUGAACCCCUCUAUAACAUUAACUUAUUGGUAAGCAGUAUGCCUUGGUUUAAAAAUUGAUCGUGUGCAGGGCAUGCUUUUGCAUAUCAAAUCAGUUGAAAGACAUUAAUACCAUAUACAGGUAAAAAUGAAAUAUUCCUACACAAAUAUGGGAAGUUUGCAUUGGAAAAGCUGAAUUAUCAAAUGUUUAAUAUCGUCUAAUGUUUAAUAUUAUCAAAUGUUUUUAAAAUGUAUUCAUCUAAUUUUUCAUAUUAUCUAAUGUUUAAUAUCAUGUAUUGUUUCUU